AUGGACCCAAGGUUAACUCCAAUCCGGCGAAACACUAGAGGGAGAAAAGGGAAAGGUCCUUAUGUAGGUGUGCGAUUUAGGGGAACCAAAUGGAUAUCAGAAAUACGUAUCCCAGGAACCAGCACAAGGAUAUGGUUGGGUUCUCAUGACUCUGCAGAAAAGGCAGCUCGAGCAUAUGAUGCUGCCACAUAUUGCCUUAAAAGAGAACAAGGGUUCUUUAACUUCCCCAACAAUCGAAGACCAGAUUUGGUUAAUAAGCCCGUGGGUUCCUUGACGGUUGAAGAGAUACAAAGAAUCGCUGAAGAGUUUUCUCAUUUGGAUGAACAAGAGGGAAUGAAGGAGCACGAGGAAACAAUACUGGAGCAUGAGGAAACAGUAGAGCAUGAGGAAACAGUGGAGCAUGAGGAAACAGUGGAGCAUAAGGAAACAACAAUGGAGUCUUCUUGGAUCUCACUUGUGAGGGAUAUUCAAAUGAUCCUUGAAUCUCCAAAUCCAGAACAAAUACAAGAUAAGAAUGAAGCAGAUGCAACCAAGGCUCUUGAGGAGUUACAUGUCCCAGAAAAGAAGUCAGAGAAAGAACCAUAUACUACGACAUUUGUGGCAGAGGAGGACCCAUAUAUUCCAACAUUUAUGCCAGAUGAGGAGCAAAAUUUCCCAAUUUAUGCACCGGAAGAGGGCCAUGUUUCAAAGGUACUUGCAGAGUUGGAUGAAUGGUUCGGACCAGAUGGAGAUUGGAAGCAAGAUUUCCCUUGGUUACAAUCCUUACAUAAAUAA